AUGGGCUCUUCACAGUCGGCCGACAAGUCCGACUCUGGACAAGAGGCCAAAAAGUCCCUCUACCGCAAGUACCAGGACAAAAAGGGCCCCAAGCCCAUCAGCGACGACGACAUUCUCAAGUACACGGGCAAAACCCGAGACGAGCUCAAAAGCUGGGCCGACGACCAACCCGGCGUGGGCAAGAACCAGCUCGCCGGCAAGCUCACGAUUGGCAAUGCAAGCGGGCUCGGCGGCGUGGCUACUGGCGCAGGAUACGGAGGCUGGGGUCCCAGUGCUGAGCCGCAGGGCGCGAAUCGGGGCAUGAAGUUUCCGCCGCAGCAUGUCGAGUCGCAGCCCAAGGUUGUCGACGACGAUGACGAGCUGGGAUGA